AUACAUAUAUCAUACAUACUGAUACACAAACGCAGAGGUAUGUAGGAGAGGCCGGUCGGAGCAAAGUUAUAGCGACAGAAGAAAGAUAGGAGAGGGAAAUGCGAUGCCAGAGAGAGGAAAGUAAGUAGGCCGCCCUCUCCGACAUUCCUGUUUUCACUCUGGGCAUCGUCUUUGUCGAGAUAGUUGCAUUUUACCUCGCUUUCGACGAUGGACGACAAUAGUACAGCGAGGUUAGCUACAGAUGGCUAUGAAAUGGUUAAAGCCCUGUACGAUUUCAAGGCCACAUUUGCCAAGACUCUCAGUUUCCGGGAAGGUGAGUAUUUCAUCUUGCUGCAGCGUAACAUCAAGCAAAAGAAUUGGUGGCAGGUUGUAAACAGAGGAGGACGUUUGGGCUAUAUACCAUCCAAUUACGUUUCCUCCGUGAAGGCGCAGCCCCAGUUUUUGAUUGAUUUUUUGGAAGACUGUAUAUUGACUUUGGAAACGGAAAUUAGUAAAGAUAGCGACUCGAUACAACCCGAAAAGCAAGAUCUGUUGGCAAAGCUAGUAGAAAAGAAGAGACAGGUUGAAUUGAGCAGAAAGUCCAAAAGACAAGCGCCUAAACCGCCAGAUUUAGACUAUGGCAUUAUACGUAAAGAAACACAUUCCACAAUUGCCUGUGACAAUACAGAAACAGAUAUUAAGUCAGCACCAAGCAAUACCUCCUAUGCAACAGCACAAACUGUUUGUAGCAAUACAAAUGCAGAUAACAGUCAAGCAAUUGUGCAAUGUCAACGAUCAAAUGGGGACGAACGGCAUAUACAAUCACUUACUUGUCAGUCAUCUUUGGAUACUAUGCAGAAAGUCCAGUCACCAAUCGCAGACGUUCAUAAAAGCGCCUCUCAGGGCAGCAUACAAAAUUUAUCUAACAGUUCAUCAGUCAAAAAUAAUUCCCUAACUAGGAACAGUUCCCCGGUUAAGAGCAAUUCUUUGCAAGCCAUUAACUCGCGAAGCGCUUACCAGCUUCUUGAUCAAGUACGCAAAAAUACUCAACUUAGUCAUGAAAUGUCAAAGGUAGCAGUCACAGUUGUAGUGUCUAAUCUACGGCAGUUGCUGCCGGAAACUGUAAGUCAUUAUCUGGAUGCUUUGAUGCAUCAGUUGCAAACACCAUUGACUGUAUCAAAAAUGAGUAUAGAAGAAACUUAUGAUGCUAAUAGAUUGAAAAUUAUUUUUACUGAAUUGACUUCGUGUAAAGAAGACUCACAGCAAAGAAGCUGGAUGCUUUACGAAGAUGAAUCUAUUAUUGUGGAAUAUAUCAAAGAAUUGACUGAAAUAUUGACAAAUGCAGACGCGAAUGUGUCAAGACAUGUUUUGAGGCAAGAUCGAUAUAAUGGCGUAACAAUAUUGAUACAGUAUUAUCAAAUGGAGACAAGAUGGACCAUUAGACAAUUGUUGUUGCAAUCAUUUGGUGUUAUGUGCAGUUUGGAUCCAGUAGUUCUAACUAUAAUGUUAAAUAGUAUUUUACCAAUGGAACUAGCAAGAGAUAUGAAGAGUAAUCCCAGGAAUGUAUUAAGAUUAAAUUAUUCUUCGUUACUACUUACAAUGAUUUUUUCAAUGGGUGAACCCAUGCCGGUUACACAUUUGGAGCAACUUGGUACAGAUUUUAUAUCAUUUCUGCUGGACCUAAUAGAAACACCCCCCGACACAGAUCUAGAAGAUCAAAUCCCAGACUUGUUCGUAAAUUUAAUAUUAUCCUACAAUCUACAAUUUACAUCCUCUGAAAAUAUUGUUCUAAACACUUUACGUGAGCGGACUAUAGCCAAGACUUUUACCGAAAAAAUUUUAUUUCUUUUUAACAGAGAAGAGGAUCCGGUCCGAAUAUUUGAUCACGAACCACAACCGCCGCACUCCGUAUUGAAACUUUUUGUCGACUUGUUUAGCAAUGAUGCUAUAGCAAGUCUCUUUUAUACCAACGAUGUAAAAGUACUUAUUGACAUUAUAUUACGGCAACUUUUUGACAUGUUUCCAGGUGAUAAGCGUAGACAGUAUUUGGAACUUUGCCGUCGAGUUCUACGUACAUCCAACUAUAACGAGCAUCGCCAUCGAUCUGGAGAUUUGUUAAAAUGUUUCACAAGGAUAUUUUGCGAGGAAACAACCGAAAGUCAUGAAGACCAACAAGUAGUACGCGAAAUUAGUAACGAAUUUCCACACUUGUUCAGAAUGUGACAUUUAAUUCCACCGUCCAAUCAAGAUUUGGAUGACGAUGACUUGCAAACUCUUGUUUAAGUAGAUUCGAGAAUUCAGCAAAAGUAGAGAGAAAUCAAAUUCAUGACAAGUUUUAUUGAAAGUCUUAUGACUUCUCUAUACUUCAUCUAUCAAAAAAAAAAA